GAAAAUCAACUUUCUUUUGUCUUCAUCUAUUUUUAUUCCCUAAAUGUAUUGUUUUUUUUUUUUACUUUAUCCAUGCCUAUGUCGCAGUGUGAACCUGUUCUAAAAACGUCAGCUCUUCUCGUUCUAAAUCAACUCUUUAAGGCAUUCAUUGAAUUAUUCCAUACAAAGGUAGCUCACAUAACAGGUGCUACUUAUUAGGGUUAGUGUCCAUACAACCAUGAGAAUUUGUAACAUCGAGUGGAAACACUAAAAUGAUGAAAAACUUUAUGGGUAUUUAAAUAGCACUGAAUUGUAGUGAAUUAGAGAGGUUUUCAUAAACCCGUAAAACAAAGUGUAAUAAUUAGAGUGUAAUAGAUCGUAAUAGUCUCGUAGCGGACAAUAAAAAACAAAAGAGCCAAAGUGUAACAGCGAUAAAUACGCUAAAGUGUGUUUCAUGGGUUAAUGAAAACCACUCUAUGCGUAUUCCUUUGUAUAAUCUAUACCAAUUUGCGAUAUUUUAUUUAGCACUGUUUCAAUAGUGCCGGUGCCCGCUGCACUGUGAGCAUAAGAUCAAAAAAGACUUACGGAUGAAAAUGAUGAAGAUAAAAGGAAGUUGUUUUUCUGUUUAUUCUGGUCUUGUGUUUAAAAAUAGCUCAAUAUGUACUUCAUUCACACCGAUCUAACGUAGUCUAAAUGGACAGAUCCCAAUAGUCUAAAUUUAGACCACCAGGCAGUGCCCACUCAGGAAGGUCUUCCCUGCCUUCCAGCAAAGCAACCGCUCCUUUGUUUCAAAAUCAACCAAUCGGAGUGCCGUAUCUUGCCGUGUUGGGGUUUUUCCGAAUGCAGACAUUUUGUUUCUCGCUUUCAUUCACGAUGCGACGCGUUAUUAAAAAGUCUAAAAUUAAAACAACUGUUUAUUAUCCUGGGGGUCGUAAAAAGAAGAUAAGUGCUCCAUUGACGGUCGAAAGUAAAGGACAGGACACUAGCAAUGUUUCUUCGUUGGAAGAUCAACCAGAAUUGUUUAUAGAAAACGUAUGCAGUAGUCAACUGCAAGGUCAAAGCGACAAACCAAGAGAUUACUUUCGAACUUCAAAUCGCUUUGCUAACUGGACGAAGGUCAGUGAAGACCUCUUCAAAGCUUUCGUCGAAAGCGAGGUAAUAUCAGGACAAGCAUGUCGAGUAUGCUCAAACGCAACAGCCACUAUACGCUGUGUUGAGUGUGGACCAGGAUGGUAUUUUUGCCGUGACUGUGCCACUGAAUCGCACAGGUUUAUAAACCAGUUACAUGUGCUUGAUUUGUGGCAGGAUACAAGCUUUAUUCCCCUCUAUCCAGAUCAUGGCGUCCUCGGAUAUGGACACGACUGCCCUACUAAAAUAAAAAAAUUGUUUACUCUAAUCGACAUUUAUGGACGUCAUCACUUGAAAUAUGUUGAGGUUUGUAGUUGCGAGAGUAAUGCAGCUACUCUGAUACGCUUAAAUUUCUGGCCAGGUUCGCCUGAAAAACCAACCAUAGCUUUUCACAUGCCUCUUAUGAGGCUGUGUGAAAAGCUAUUUCUGCAGUGCCAGGUGUCGUUGUUUCACUUCGCAGAAUUGUUAAAAGCUCUACUCCCUCCUCUACAUCCGACGCUAAUUGUAUCUCUUUAUAGUGUUUUAAACUCUGGCUGCUUUGAGGAGUUCAGGCAAUUCUCCUAUCAGUGUCAUUACAUGUCAAAACAAUGUGAAGAUUUUGAUAAUGGAUCCAUAUGCCCAUUAUGUCCUGAGGACAAUGGUACUUUGAUCGAAAGUAUGGAUGCCUGUAUGGGACUCGCUCGGAAAAAAUCAAAAGGAACAAGUCAAAGGGGACAAAUGCGUCAUUCUUUCCUAUUCUUUAGUGAUCAAAGUGAUGUAGAUGCAUUUGUUGAUGGCUACUCAAAUGAAGGAGCAGACAUUGAAAAGGACUGCAGUAGAUUCCACGCUGGCGAAGUGCUGACUGCUCUUCGAUCAAAAGGCAAGAACAAGCUAUUUGAUGAGAAAGGCGUAUUUGGAAGAGUUUGUCGACAUGACUACCCUAAGGGAUUUUUGAAUCUCAAAUACGGUGAAAGGAUCUCCUACUCAAUUUAUGAGUUGACCAAACUAAAAAGCCAAAUUGCGGGGAAAAAUCUGUCCCUUUUUCUGAUGUAUGACAUAGCAUGUAUUCUUGAUAAACAUAUUAAGGGUACCAAUCAAGGCAACCUUUUAGAUGGUGUUGACCUGGCAAUACCAAUAUUUCACUGUUAUGGUCAUAAGGCUUCUUGUCAGGUGAAGUACAACCCAAGACGAAAAGAAGGACUAGGACUCACUGAUGGAGAAGGAGUAGAGCGUCUCUGGGCAUUUCUAAGGGAUUUCUCAAGAAUGACCAAGGAAAUGUCUGCAGAUAAAAGAACAGAUGUUCUAACCGAUGCCCUUCUCUACUAUGGAGUAAAGCUAAGAAAGAAAUUUGGAUUUUCACUCAAAGCAAAAUUAAAAAGAGCAGAAUGUCUUUUAGUAAGCACCAAUGACAAGAUCAAGGAGCUGUCAAGUUCACUGCCAGUACCCUGUCAAGUACAUCAUAUCAAAGAAUGGCAAUCAGCUGAAUUGGCCUCCAUCACCCCAAAGGAGAAAGUGUUGGAGCUGAAUUGGCAAGAGCAGUAUGUGGAUCUACUAAUGGAAAACAAAAGACUUAGAAAUCAACUUAUUUAUGCAAAUGAUGAAGAUCACAAUAAUGUUGAAGAAAUUAGAAAAAAGAAACAAAGGAAUGAAAAAGCUGUUUCUGCCAUCGAAAGAAAAAACAACGUUAAAUCAAGAUGGGAGGAAACUCAACCCCAAUUUAUUUCAGCCAGGAAGAAUCUGCAGAACAAGAGAAGAGAAAUCUUCAAGCUGAAGAUGCAGAGAAUGGCAUCUGAGAGAAUGUUUCUUUUAGAAAUGAAAAAGAAAUAUGCAGAUGGGCAAAGUAUAGCCAUAAAGCUGAGCAAGCAGAUUACCAAAGUUACAGAAAUGCUGAAGAGAUGUCUUUUUUCUUAUAAUGAAUUGGGUGACACUUUGCUGUUUGAGGCUGUCAAAGAUCCCAGUAGUCCAUGCUAUGGUCAAAGUGCUGGACCAACAAUGCCUGACUCCUGUAAACAACAGCUGAUUGACAUGUUAUGUCUCAAGGAGAGAUGCCUUGAGGAAAUUGCUUUUGUGAAACAAGAAAUGAUACAACUAUUGUCAUUUUACUUUAACCAAAUUAAUGUUUUAUCUGCAAGCAUGUGCUUACUAUCAGAUGACAACCUGUAUAACAAAGGAAUGAAAGCCCUUUUUGCCCAAAAAGUACUAAGUUUGAGAUUGACAACAAGCAGUCUGAUAAAGUUGUGGGAGGGUCUCAAUGUUGUACCAUAUUGUACAGAAGCAGUGUUGUCUUGGACAACUUUGGGUAAUGUUCCUCCCCUUAAGAAUACUGAAGAUGUGCUUGAUGAUGAUGAAUUCUACAGUGAUGUUACAAUAUUUGAUGAUUGUGGAGUUGAAGAAGAUGAUUAUGAGGAUGCGGAUGAAUAGCGUACCCUGGGGAAAAAAACUAACAUGUAUUUUAUUAUUGACCAAUAUAAUUACUAGUACAAAAAUAAGUGAAAGUUUAAGUAGCAUUUUGUGAUAAUUAUUUCACAUAAUUAGUGUGCCACUCAAAGAAACUCUUUGAACGUCAUAGUGCUCACAUUUUACUCUCUUUCUAUCAGAGAGCCAUUUUAAUAAUAAUUCUUGUAAUUUAUAGCACUUUCAAUAAUAAUCGAUUGAUUGACUACUGAUAAAUAAAACUCUGCAAAAAUCAAAAUAAAUGAAUGGAAUCUUUA